AUGGGGAGCAUUGGGCACGCAGGACAAUGCCGUUUUCAUUUAAAAAGAAAAAUAAGCGACGUGAAAUCCCUAAAGAUAUUAUUUUGCGCGCAUUGGAAGAAGUUUCCAAAGGUGCUAAAAUUAAAAGUACUGCGAAGAAAUAUGACAUACCGAGAUCUAACCUUCAAAGAUGAAGAAGAGAAAAUUUCAGAAUAUCUUGUAACAUCGUUUAAAUUAAACCAUGGACUAUCAAAACUGAAAACACACGAAUUGGUUUAUGAAUACGCCACUGCCAUUAAAAAAAAUCCAGAUAACUGGACAGAGAAGAAACUUGCAUCCAAAGACUGGCUAAGGGGAUUUUUUAAAAGACAGCCUCAACUUUCGAUAAGGACACCAGAAGCUACCAGUCUGUCACAGGCCACAAGCUUCAAUAAGAAAAAUGUCGGAGAUUUUUUUGAAAAUCUUAAAACUGUGUAUGAACGGCAUCCCUUCGGCCCUGAGUCUAUUUACGAUAUAGACGAAAGUGGAUUAUCAACGGUGCAACGAACCCAGAAAGUGAUUGCUCUCAGAGGCACUAAGCAAGUUGGGCAAGUAACGUCAGCUGAAAGAGCUGCGGUAUUAAUGCAUUGGAUGGUAAGCAAUCCGGCCAAAACAGUAACAAUUUAUGAAAUCCCAAAAUUAGCAGCAAAAGCCAUUCCACUAGCAUUCAAGUUGCAGAAUAUUCAAAGUGGAUUUGAAAAAUCUGGCAUAUGGCCAUUCAAUUCAAAUAUUUUCUCCGAUGAAGAUUUCGCUUGUUCUUCUAUAACGGAUCGCUGCUUGCCGGAAGAGAGUAAUGUUCCUUCAGAACAAACUAUUUUAGACCAACCUGUCACUGAACAGCCUUCAACAGGGGAAAAUCAGAGUCUAGAAGAUGGUACAAGUUCAAAUGUGGGAGUCAUUGGACCAUCUCAACUGGAAUCUCCCUCUAGAAGUCAGAUUAGUGGCACUGUCAAUGUAACACCUGAUGUAGUAAGACCGUAUCCAAAGGCCGGCCCCAGGAAAUUGCAGGGUAUGAAGCGGAAGAAGGGAAAAACUAGAAUACUGACGGACACACCCGAGAAAAGACUGAUAGAAAUGGAAGAACAAGAAAGACAAAGAAAAAAUAAGAUCAAGCUCAACAAAAAUAACAGUUUUAUUAACAUUUAUAAUUAUCAAGCAAUAUCAGCAAUAAAUAAUGAUGAUGAUGAGCGGUCCUCAACUCCCCAAUCCAUAGCUGGUGCAUCUUCAAGUACACAAUAUACGAGCACCAAACGUAAAUGUGCACAAGAUGUAAGACAGGAAUUUAUGGAAUUGGAGAAGAAAAAGUUGGAAUUAUUACAACUUAAACUGUCACAAAGCAGCAAACAACACGAACAAGAUUGCGAAGAUCUGUUAUCUUAUAAAAGUUUGUUGCCGUACAUGAAAGAAUUAUCUCCUAUGCAAAAACUACGCGCUAGAAACAAUAUUACACAAGUUAUUAUGGACGAAAUGAAUAGUGGCAUGACGCAGUCUCACCAUGGAUAUAAUACAUACGAUUAUAACACGACUAAUUAUGGAAAUUAA